AUGGCAUCACCAGCGAAGGCAAAAAGCAAAACGGACAAGGUGGUGAAGAAGUACUAUCAGGAGCUUGAAAAGGCGCGCCUGCUGGUGAACGACUUCUUGCAGAAGAAUCGCUUUGAACCAGGCAAAGCCAACAGCAGGCGAAGUACAUGGUGUAGCCGGACCUACCCCUUGCAUGAGGCCGUCAAGCAAGAAAAUGUGUACAUUGUCUCGAAACUCUUGCUCUUUGGAGCUGAUCCAAGCUUUAAAGACAUGUGGGGUUGGAGUGCAUAUGACUAUGGCAGACGGGCCAAUGAAGACAUCGCGAAGGUCUUUGAAGAGCAUCGGAAGAAGACCAUUGCAGCCGGAGAGGAGUGGAAACACAAGUUGGUAUACUCUCCACCACCAAUCGGCUGGGAGAAGUUCUUUGCAGAGCUGGAGCUGCAAGUCCAUGCGAUAGAAAAGCAAAAGCAGUGA